AUGGUCGAAAAUGAGGUAUAUAACCAGGAUAUGAGAAUAGUCCGUAGCAGGGAACGGCUAGAUGGAAGGCCAACGAUUCGUUCAUUUUUUAAUAAGGAUGGUUUGCUAUUAAAAACAUAUGGUUGGUUAGUAAAAAAUGCGAUAGGCCUUAUAGUAUUAAUUCAUGGAUUAAAUUCACACGCAAGGUUUUCAUUUUUGAGACAUAACGUCCAUGUAUUAAAUAAUAAUAGAGCAAUAUUAAUGGACGGAAAUAAUUAUUACAUUUAUAAAGAUAGCUGGGUAGAACAUUUUAAUAAAAAUGGAUAUUCUGUCUUCGGAAUAGAUUUACAAGGUCAUGGCGAAUCAGAAGGGUGGGAAAAUUUAAGUCUUAAUGUAAAAGAAUUUGAUGAUUUAGUAUAUGAUGUGCUUGAAUAUAUUCAAAAAAUUCAAGACGACAACAUACGAUAUUUAAAUAAUGGUAGUACCGGGAAUAGUAGACGCAAUAGUAACAGCAGAGGCGGUGAGUCGUCUCGUAAUGAUCAUUUGGCCAAUCGAAUAACAGCACCUCUUCCAGUAUAUUUAAUUGGUCAAUCUAUGGGCGGAAACGUUGCUCUAAGAGCAUUACAAUUAGUCGGAAAAUUUAGGGGCCUUAAUCAAAGACUAAAUAUAAGAGGUUGUGUAUCAUUAUCUGGUAUGAUUGCUGUAGAAGCAUUAGGAUUACCAAGCUCAUAUAUAUAUAAAAGUUUCUUUAUGCCCUUGUCAAGAUUCUUUUCUGAUUUCUUACCAACAUUGAGGCUUUUAUGCGAACUACCGUAUAAAAGGUUUCAAUAUAUUCGUGACAUAGGUCGAUAUGACAGAAUGCGUGAUAGAAGAGGUAUAACAUGCAGAUUUGCAUAUGAACUUUUAAAAGCAAUGGAUAAUUUAGACCAUGAUAUGAGAUACAUGCCCAGAGAUAUCCCCGUAUUGUUUAUUCAUUCAGCGAAGGACAAAUUGUGCUUUCCUGGAGGUGUUGUUUCAUUUUAUAAUAGACUAAAUAUUGGUAAUAAAGAACUGCACAUGUUAAAUUAUAUGGAGCAUAUGCUAACUAUGGAACCAGGAAAUGGAAGG